ACUUCUCCUUGCUGGAUAGGUGGAAAUACUGAACCCUUGACUGGGUUCACAUGGAGAGGUGGAUGUGAACGGGAAACCACUGGCAUUCAGAUUUGGAGUGAAGUGUUUGUAAUUGAUAAACCCAAUGGGACAAAGGUUGCUGUACUACUCAUGGAUACCCAAGGUGCCUUUGAUAGCCAAUCCACUAUCAAAGACUGUGCAACGGUUUUUGCUCUGAGCACCAUGACGAGUUCUGUCCAGGUAUACAACUUGUCCCAGAAUAUUCAGGAAGAUGACCUUCAACAUUUGCAGUUGUUUACAGAAUAUGGAAGACUAGCUAUGGAAGAAAUUUACCAAAAGCCGUUUCAGACGCUAAUGUUCUUAAUUAGAGAUUGGAGUUAUCCUUAUGAGCAUGCAUAUGGCUUGGAAGGAGGAAGAAAGUUCCUAGAGAAAAGAUUACAGGUAAAGCAAAACCAACAUGAAGAGCUACAGAAUGUAAGGAAGCAUAUUCACUCCUGUUUCAGUAAUCUUGGCUGUUUCCUGUUGCCCCACCCUGGUCUUAAAGUUGCAACAAAUCCAAAUUUUGAUGGGAGGUUGAAUGAUAUAGAUGAGGAUUUUAAGAAAGAACUGAGGAAUUUGGUACCAUUACUGCUUGCCCCUGAAAACUUGGUAGAAAAAGAGAUUAGUGGAUCCAAGGUGACCUGUAGAGAUCUUGUAGAAUACUUCAAGGCUUAUAUUAAAAUCUAUCAAGGAGAGGAGCUACCUCAUCCAAAAUCUAUGCUGCAGGCAACAGCCGAGGCGAACAAUCUUGCUGCUGUGGCAGGAGCGAAAGACUUGUACAGUAAAGGCAUGGAGCAGAUUUGUGGGGGAGAUAAGCCUUACAUUGCCCCAUCGGACCUUGAGCGGAAGCACCAGGAUUUCCGAGAGUUGGCUGUCAGGCAGUUCCGCUCAGUGAAGAAGAUGGGCGGGGAGGAAUUCUGCCGGCGCUACCAGGAACAGCUUGAAAUGGAAAUCGAUGAGAUCUAUGCAAACUUUGUGAAGCACAACGAUGGCAAAAACAUCUUUUAUGCUGCUCGUACCCCUGCCACUCUAUUUGCAGUCAUGUUUGCCAUGUAUAUAACCUCAGGACUGACUGGGUUCCUUGGUAUGAACUCCAUAGCUACCCUGUGUAAUCUCGUGCUGGGGAUGGCUCUUAUAUCGUUUUGUACUUGGGCAUACGUUAAGUACUCUGGGGAAUUCAGAGAAGUUGGAACAGCCAUUGAUCAGAUUGCUGAAGCUAUAUGGGAACAGGUGUUGAAGCCCAUGAGUGAUAAUUUGAUGGAGGAUCAUAUGAGGCAGUCUGUAAAAAACUCUAUCAAAGCAGGCCUGACCGAGCAGGUGUCUCACCAUGCCAGACUAAAGACAGACUGACAGUUCAUCUCCUCUUCAACUCUACCCUCUCAUCCUAGACAUGCUUGCUGUACCAUGAGAACUCAAUAAUAAAA